AUGUCUAAAGAAUUGAAGUCUGUCAGGAGCCAGCCUGUGUGGGAGUACUUCCUCUGGGGUCGUUUGGGCCUUUCCUUCACUGCAGCUGCACAUUCAUUCUUUUUAUUUUCCUUAUCUAAAAUCUCUGUAGAACCCACAGAGAAGGACUUGAAGUGUUUCAAUGACUAUGAGACAGAAAUGAAGUGCAGUUUCUGGUUUGACGGCCUCAUAAGUUGCUCUGGAUACAAACUCAACAUCACACAUUUUGUAAUAGAUACGUUUAAUAAAUAUACAUGCAUCUUUGAGAGAAGUCAUCACAGUGCCGACUGUGAAUGCAAAAUUAAAGUCGACGGGUUUGUUUUAACAGAGAUAUUCUCUACUACACUUCUGAACGGAACAAAUGUUUUAUUAAGCAAAACAUUUGUGACAAUGGACUUCAUCAAACCAAAAACUCCAGUCUUAUCAGUUCAGAAGACUAAAAAUGGAGAUUUUAAUGUAACUUGGGAUGACAAGUAUGGGAAAACAUAUUUUGCACAAAGUUUGGAAAUACAUCUGACCUAUAGGAUUGAAGGAGGAGAUGAAACCAUGUCCAAGAAUGUGCCAAACUCCCAGGGAUUCUUUGAGAUUGUGGGCAGAAAUCUCCAGCCAAACACCAACUACAUUCUGACUGCAAGAAUGAGCACAAGCUAUAACUCACACGAGAUAUUGAGUUACCAGAGCGCACCAGUUGAGUUCACCAGCUCCUCAUCUCCAAAUGAAUUACUCAUAACGAUGGUUCCGAUGGAUGUUGUUUUAAUCAUCAUCAUUUGUACUAUCUUCAUCUGUGUUUUGAGGAUGAAGAUGAAUUGGUGGGACAAGAUCUCCAAGCCAAAAAUAGACGCCAAUCUUGGAGAAGAGAAGGGUCAUAUUUUGCCUCCUUCCAUUAUGGACUUCUCCUCAAUCCAUGUAGAGAUUCCAAAACUGGACUUUAAGGAGGAAAAUAAAUUGAUCUCCGCAUUAUCAGUUGAUACAAACAAUGAGAAAAGUUCCCACAGUGUUGAGUCAGCAGCAGACGAUUAUGGCCAGGCUGGUUUUGAUUCUGGUAAUGACAAGGAGAAUUGCAACAUCUUAUCACGUGUCGAACAUGCCCGGGAGGAGGAUUUCAAAUCCUUUCUCUUUGCCAACAACACACCCAGCAAUCAGCGAGUCAAGAGUGUUGAUAUCAGUUCCUCAAGAGAACGCAACCGUGCAAAAAGAGAUUCGGGCAACUGCUCUGGCUCAUCGGUUUUCAGAAACAUGUCGUAUUUGGGAUCGGCCAAUGAUGAUUCAUCCUUCCUGGGUCAGCUGAGCUGUGAUCAUUCCUGUCAAUCUGACAAGAGGGACAUUUCUAGCUUUGAAAACUCCUCUAUGAGUGCUGAUAUCAGCAAGAUACAGUUUAACGUUCCCACUAAUGAUGCUUUGGAAGACGGAUAUCAGUCCUUCAACAGUGUUGUGAACCAGGGAAAUGAUGCGGAUGUUUGUUUGAAACUUUUAAAUGAUAUUGAUUCUGAUGAAAUGUUCAUUGUGAAAAAUCUCAUUACUAGUAAAAAUCCACUAUAUCCUUCUCUGUUUGUCCAUGGUGGCAGCGUCACACCAAGUGAUGGUGGGUAUCAGGCUUUUGAAGGCUUAACAAAGAGCACAGAAGGACAGUGGAGCACAAGCAUCAGAACUGAACAAGCACUUAAUGAAUGUGGAGCGCUGAAAUUCCCCCACAGCACCGGCCAAGAUCCCACAUCAUCAGAGCAGCAAAGUUUGUGGCAAAGUUUGUGGCCCUCUUUUUUGCUUUUUCCACCCACUAUUGAAAUAGACACUUCAUUUCAGUCUUUUUAG